AUGUCAACGAGAGGGCAUCGAUCCAACGGAUCUUCCUCCACUUGCACUAUUGCUUUUGGGCUGCUCUCUCCCCCUCCGACUCCCCCUCCCCUGAAUUCCGGUCUUCCACCUCCCCCAUCCCAGCCUCCUUAUGCACCUCCUGACAACGGAACUGGAAGCUGUAUUGAAACGUCGGUUAUGGCCAAGGAGAUUAAGGAACAAGAACAGGACAAGGACACAACCAAGACCAUUCCCCCUCCCCCUGAAUCAACAGCAGGCUUCGGUUCUGCUGUCAAGGCUAUUUUUCAGAGCUUGAAAGCCCGUCUGUGUGACCUACAGGCUAUUGCUCAAAACCAAGCGAGUAGAGUAUUCCGGUCUUUCUCUGGAUAA